GAUGUCUUAAAUGCUUUUAUGAGCAAAACUUACUCUGCCUAGCAACAGUUACUGGGUGGGGUUCAACUCAUAGCCUCAGGCUCAGUCAUGGCAAGUGACUUCCAGAGCACCUUAACAUACAGCUCCUGAAGAAACAGGUGGAUACAGGAGACACCAUCUUGCCAUACAAUGGUGGCCUCUUUCUCAUUCUUCAGCUGACCACCUUGCAUACAGUGCUGAAGCCAUCUUCUUCAGUUCACUGACAUACACCGAUCCCAAGGAACACCAAAUAUAAUUCAGUUUUGAAUGGAGGAACUAAGCUUUUGUCUCUGCAUCUGAAUCAGUUACAACACUUCAUUCUCUGCAGUGGAAAAAGAUCUCAAUGCAAUCAUGAUUAGAAACCCAGAUUUGGAUACAUUUGUUUGCUGUGCUGUUUGUUCAAAAAUAAUUCCACCACCACCUACACUAGAGACCUUUGAACGGAUAAGGGAAUAUCAACCUUAUAAAACUCGGUACUAUACACACAAAAAUAUAUUGGAGAUUGGAGCAGACCUUAAGCAAGAAGAUGCUGACCAAAGAGAACUGGAAAUACAAAAACGAAUAGAAAGAAUGCAGACUAAACUCUUGGUUCAGGCUGAAACAGCAAAAGAAGAUGCAGUAGAAGAUGCUCUCAAUCGUGCUGAGGAUCUACACAAUGAAGAUAUUGAAAAUCUUAAAAAGAAACAUGAACAAACAUUAGAAGAAGCUAUGAAGAAAACAAAGGCAGACAUGCUGGAGCACUUGGAAGUGGAGCUGAAGAGAGAAUCAGAAGCUGCUGAGCAGAGGAACUCGCACAAACUUCAGCGGAUGAUGCUACAGUUUGCUAUGGAAAAAAUGGCAGCUGUAGCUGAAGGGAGACAGGACGAGAGGCACAAGACAGCUGUACUUCUUGCCGAGCAAGAAAAGAGAUAUUUGAAGCAAAUUCACCAGGCUGGGAUAAUUGCUAAUGAAAUUUAUCAGAAGAACCUGCAACAGUUAGCCUGGGAGAAAAAACAUGAAUUGGAAACUGCCUUUAAGGUCUCCCAAAAGGAGUUUGAGGAAGAAUCUAAGAAAAUGCUUGAAAAUGCUGAAAAUAUUCGUGCAGCUCAGCUUGAAGAAGUGAGCAUUGAAGUGAACAGGAAAUCUUGUGAGAUCCUGUCUCUGAACCAGCAGCUGGAUUACAUGACAGCCUGGAAAGACAGCCUGGAAGCUGAAAUUCUAGAAACCAGGGAAGCAUUUCAGGAAUACAUUAACAUCACAUUUCCCCAGCUUGCCCCAGGCCAAGCAGAUUUCAUCUUACCAUUCCGAAAAGUAACUGAAUUCACAGACCCUGGUGUAGAACAGUAAGAUCAAUGUCCAUCAGGAAAGACUCUCUGGGCAGCUGUCUGUUGGCUCCCAAGAUGCCAGUAUGCCAAAAGGGGAUGCUCAGGUGCUGGGAAGAAAGAAAGAAAUCCUCUGUAAAAUAAAGAUGAGCUGUAAGUGAGAGAACUAA